AUGCUAAUAGCCGUUUCGUUAACUGAACGGGCCACAGCCAAGACGCUUUUCUCGCAGAAAUUAAACGCAAUUUCCACCACCGCUAAACCGGAGUCAAUUUCCCAUCAAUUCCAAACGGACAAACCUUCGUAUUACCAACAAUAUGCCAAUCGACCUUUUCCGGCCCUUUCUCAAUCGGUUCUUCUGCAACCUACGCAGUUCCAACCGCCUUUGAUGCAUGAUUCGGAGGUGCCGGUGCACAACCAACUGCACCCUCAAUCGCAAUAUCAGAUACUGCAGUUGAUUCAGAAGAUAUUGCACACCACCCAGCAAAGUAACCAGCCUACAGCUAUGAUUAUUAUCGCCCAACCGGCUUAUCUUCCAACACAGAGUGUUGGGCAAAAUGGAGCCGCCCAGCAAUUACUGGAUUAUUUCCACAGUAAUCCACAGGCCAGAUACCAAUUCUUGCACUCGACCCCCCAACAAUACUACCAACCCCAAGCAAUGGAAGCCUCUCAAGCUGUACAAUCAUACAACCAACCCCUUCUGCCCUCCUCGGCUCAAUAUCAAACCAAAAUGAUACCCAUAUCAGUACCAGUUCAAAUUCCUACACCCAAUCAUCACCAUCAACAACAACAACAACCCCAACAACAACAACAACAGAUCGACUCAGAAUGGAAGCACGUGGAUUAUCCCCAGUACUCUUCUCCCCGCGAAUCGUUGCCUCCUCUCAUCACUGGAUUCGAGAACUUCUCCCCCGAGCAACAGGAGAAGAUCAAGGGGCAGCUGAGCGCGCUCUUUGGGGCUCCGCUCAAACCGCUACAAGUCGCUCAAAGGCCGGAAUAUAACAGCGUUUUCGAUGGAAAAUUCCGAGAUUUGAAUUUGCACGAAUUCGUGCCCAGCCAGGGGGUGAAAAAGGCCGAGAAGAUGCGGGGGAACGGUGUUGUGGGUAUCGAGAAAAUAACUUCGUCUAAAAUGUAG